CUGGGAGCCGGCGACAUGGCUCGCGCGCUGCUUCUGCUGGCGCUGCUCUGCGUGACGGCGCGCGGGCAGCCGAGAGGCCUGUUCCCCGCCAUUCUCAAUCUGGCCACCAAUGCUGAGAUCAGUGCCAAUGCCACCUGUGGCGAAAAGGGACCGGAGAUGUCCUGCAAGCUCGUGGAGCACGUGCCCGGCAGGCGUGCACGCAACGCCCAGUGCCGGCUCUGUGACGCCAACAGUGUGAACCCCAAAGAGCGCCAUCCAAUAUCAAAUGCCAUUGAUGGCACCAAUAAUUGGUGGCAGAGCCCCAGCAUCCAGAACGGGAGAGAGUACCACUGGGUCACCAUCACUUUGGACUUACGACAGGUCUUCCAGGUGGCCUAUGUCAUCAUCAAAGCAGCCAACGCCCCGAGACCUGGCAACUGGAUUUUGGAGCGCUCCACGGACGGAGUUGCGUUCAGCCCCUGGCAGUACUACGCCAUCAGUGACUCUGAGUGCCUGACCCGGUACAACAUAACCCCGCGGCGCGGGCCGCCCACCUACCGAGCUGACGACGAAGUGAUCUGCACCUCCUACUACUCCAGGCUUGUGCCCCUGGAGCAUGGAGAGAUUCACACGUCGCUAAUCAACGGCAGACCCAGCGCCGACGACCUGUCCCCCAAGUUGCUGGAAUUCACGUCUGCACGGUACAUCCGCCUCCGCCUGCAGCGCAUCCGGACGCUCAAUGCAGACCUCAUGACCCUCAGCCACCUGGACCCCAGAGACGUCGACCCCAUCGUUACCAGACGGUACUACUACUCCAUCAAGGACAUCUCUGUCGGGGGGAUGUGCAUCUGCUAUGGCCACGCGAGCAGCUGUCCGUGGGAUGACGCCAGGAAGCGACUGCAAUGCCGGUGUGAGCACAACACCUGCGGAGACAGCUGCGACAGGUGCUGCCCCGGCUACCACCAGCAGCCCUGGAGGCCCGGCACCGUGUCCUCCGGCAACACCUGCGAAGAAUGUAACUGCCACAAUAAAGCUGAAGACUGCUACUACGACGAAAAUGUUGCGAAGCAGAAGAAAAGUCUGAACACCGCGGGGCAGCUCCAGGGCGGCGGGGUGUGUAUCGGCUGCCGGCAGAAUACCACGGGCAUCAACUGCGAGACCUGUGUCAGCGGCUACUACCGGCCACACAGAGUUUCUCCCUAUGAUGACCACCCUUGCCGGCCCUGCGACUGUGACCCUGUGGGGUCGCUCAGCUCUGUCUGUGUCAAGGAUGACCUCCAGUCUAACUUGCACAAUGGGCUCUGGCCGGGGCAGUGUCCCUGUAAAGAAGGUUACGGAGGAGAGCGGUGUGACCGCUGCCAGUUUGGCUACAAGGGUUUCCCAAGCUGUGUGCGCUGCGACUGCAGCCCGGCGGGCAGCGUGAACGACGACCCGUGUGCCGAGCCGUGCCUCUGCAAGGACAAUGUCGAGGGGGAAGCCUGUGACCGCUGCAAGCCAGGGUUCUACAACCUGCAGGAGAAGAACCCUCAGGGGUGCUCUGAAUGCUUCUGCUUCGGUGUCUCUGGAGUCUGUGGCAGCCUUUCGUGGCCUAUCGGACAGGUGAAUGACAUGUCCGGAUGGCUGGUCACAGACUUGGUCAGUGGCCGGAAGAUCACCUCCCAGCAGGAGGUGGUUGGUGGGCGCCGCCAGGUCAGCAUCAGCCACGUGGAGGUGACGCAGAGGCUGGGUACCAGGUAUUACUGGUCAGCCCCUGAGGCCUACCUGGGAAACAAGCUGACAGCGUUUGGUGGGUUCCUGAAAUACACGGUGUCCUACGACCUUCCCGUGGAGACCGUGGACGGUGACCUCAUGUCCCACGCCGACGUUGUCAUCAAGGGAAACGGAUUCACGUUAAGCACGCAGCCGGAGGGUCUUUCUUUGCAACCCUAUGAAGACUACUACAACGUGGUGAGGCUGGUGCCUGAGAGCUUCCGGGAUUACAACUCCAAGAGGGAGAUUGACCGCGACCGGCUGAUGACUGUGCUGGCCAAUCUGACCCACCUCCUCAUCAGAGCCAACUACAAUUCCGCCAGGACGGCUCUUUAUAGGUUGGAUUCUGUUUCUCUGGACGUAGCGAGCCCCAAUGCUAUAGACCUGAGAGUUGCCACUGCCGUGGAGCACUGUGAAUGUCCCCAGGGCUACGUGGGGACCUCCUGUGAGUCCUGUCAGCCCGGCUACUACCGAGUGGAUGGGAUCCUCUUCGGUGGGAUCUGCCAGCCCUGUGAAUGCCACGGCCACGCGCAGGCCUGCGACGUGCACGGAGUUUGCUCUGGCUGCACACACAACACCACUGGGGACCACUGUGAGCAGUGCCUGCCCGGCUUCUAUGGAGCGCCUUCCCAGGGGACACCCUGGGACUGCCAGCCCUGUGCCUGCCCCCUCACCACACCCUCCAACAACUUCAGUCCUACCUGCCGCCUGGACAAGGAGGAGGACCUGCUCUGCGAUAAGUGUGCCCCAGGCUACGCGGGACCCUGGUGCGAGAGAUGCGCAGACGGUUACUAUGGAAACCCCACCAUACCCGGGGGAUCGUGUGUUCCAUGUGACUGCAGUGGCAACGUGGACCCCUCCGAGCCUGGUCACUGCGACCCAGUCACUGGGGAGUGCCUGAAAUGCAAAGGGAACACAGACGGCAUCCACUGUGAGCGGUGUGCAGAUGGGUUCUACGGGGAUGCUGUGACAGCCAAGAACUGUCGCGCCUGUGGCUGCCACGAGAAGGGCUCCCUUUCUGGCGUGUGUCAUCCUGCGAGCGGGCGCUGCAACUGCAGACCUCACGUGACAGGACAACGGUGUGACCAGUGUCUGCCUGGCUACUACGGGCUGGACACUGGGCUCGGCUGUCUGGCCUGCAACUGCAGCCUGGCAGGCUCCACGUCAGGGGAGUGCACAGACCAGGGCCAGUGCCGCUGUGUGCCGGGCGUCGCCGGCAGAAGGUGUGACCGCUGUUCCCACGGCUUCUACGCAUUCCAGGAUGGUGGCUGCACGCCAUGCAACUGUGCCCACACUCAGGACAGCUGUGACCCCGAGUCCGGAGAGUGCAUCUGUGCCCCUCACACUCAAGUCCCGAAGUGCCAGGAGUGCGAGGCCGAGCACUGGGGCUGGGACGCGGAGCUAGGGUGCCAGGCCUGCAACUGCAGCCACGAGGGCUCCAUAGGCUCACAGUGCGACCUGCUAUCUGGCCAGUGUCCUUGCAAGACCCAGUUUGGCGGGCAGCGCUGUGACCAGUGCUCCUUAGGAUACCGGAACUUUCCUGACUGUGUCCCCUGUGCCUGUGACCUGAGAGGGACACUGGCCACCACCUGUGCCCUGGACCCUGGUGUGUGCAGCUGUGCGGAGGAGACCGGCGCCUGCUCUUGCAAGGAAAAUGUCAUCGGCCGCCAGUGCAGCGAGUGUCGUGAGGGCACCUUUGCCCUGCGGGCCGACGACCCCCGGGGCUGCACCCCCUGCUUCUGCUUCGGCUUGUCCCACGACUGCAGGGAGCUGGAGGGUUACGUGAGGACUCCUGUGACCCUGGGCCCCCAUCAGCCCCUCCUGCGCGUGGUUUCCCAGAGCAACGUGAGCGGCACGACCGAGGGCGUGUAUCAGCAGGCCCCGGACAUCCUGCUGGACGCCGCGGCCGUCCGCCAGCGCGUGCGCACCGAGCCCUUCUACUGGCGGCUGCCGGAGCAGUUCCAGGGAGACCAGCUCCUGGCCUACGGCGGCAGGCUGAGGUUCAGCGUGGCCUUCUACGCCUCCGCCGGCCCCGGGACCUUCCACUUGGAGCCGCAAGUUCUCAUCAGAGGAGGCCGGUCCAGGAAGCAAGUGAUCUACGCGGAUGCCCCCGCACCGGCUAACGGGGUGUGGCAGCAUCAGGAAGUGGGGAUGAAGGAGGAUUUCUGGAAAUAUUUUAAUUCCGUGUCUGAAGAACCUGUCACACGCGCGGAUUUCAUGUCUGUUCUGAGCAAUGUCGAGUACAUCCUCAUAAAGGCGUCCUAUGGUGAAGGCCUACAGCAGAGCAGAAUCUCCAACAUCUCCAUGGACGUUGGCGCAAUGGCAGCAGGCCAGCGCCCCGAGGGGGAGGUGGCGCGGCUGAUCGAGCGGUGCGCCUGUCCUCCCGGUGCGGCAGGCUUCUCCUGUCAGGACUGUGCCCCUGGCUUCCGCAGACAGAAGCUCCCUGAAGGUGGCGGUGGAGAAGCCCGGCCCCUGCUUGCACCUUGCGUGCCCUGCAGCUGCAACAACCACAGUGAUACCUGUGACCCCGAAACUGGAAGGUGCCUGAACUGCAGGGAUAACACAGCUGGGGACCACUGCGAGCUGUGUGCUCCUGGCUACUACGGGAUGGUGACCGGCAAGGCCCACGACUGCGCCCCCUGCGCCUGUCCCCGUCACCACCCUGCCAGUUUCAGUCCCACCUGUGUUGCGGAAGUUGACGGAGGCUUCCGGUGCAGUGCCUGUGCUGUGGGCUACGAAGGCCGGUAUUGUGAAAGGUGCUCUGUGGGCUACUACGGGAACCCUGGAGCCUCGGGUGGCCACUGCCGAAAGUGCGCUUGUAGCCCCCAGGGCUCCGUGCAUGGGGACUGCGACUCCCUGUCCGGACAGUGUGCUUGCAAGCCGGGUGCCACGGGGCUGCGAUGUGACAGCUGCCAGCCAAGGCACCUGCUCGUGGACAGCACCUGUGUUUCCUGCGAUGAUGAGUGUGUGGGUGUGCUCCUGGGGGACCUGGACCGCGCUGGCGAUGUCAUUCUCUCUGUGAACCUCACUGGGAUUUUCCCUGCCCCAUACGGAGUUUUGUCAGACCUGGAAAAUACAACUAGAUGUCUCUGGGAAUCUGUAUUAAAAGAAAAGUCUCCAGAGAAUUCAGCAGAAAUCCAGCUUGACGUUGUUGCAAGGCAAGUGGACGACCUGCAGGACCAGCUUGCAAGCAUGCUCCCGCGAAGCCAGCAGGUGGGCAGAGCCACAGAGAAGAUCCUCCAGGGAAGCCGAGACCUGGCUGCGUUUGUUGAGCGGCUACAGAGGAGCAUCGGAGAAAUCCUUGAAAAGGUCACAAAUUUAAAUCAGACUCUAGACGAUGAUUUCCAGCUGCCCAACUCGACGCUUCAGGACAUGGGACAAAGCAUUGUGUCUUUCCUGGAGAUUAUGCGGAAAAGACAAUUCUCAGACCUGCACCGCAAUGCCACCCUGGAGCUCCAGGCUGCUGAGGAUGUCCUGUCUGCAGUUGAGAAGGAUUUGCAGCAGCCACAGGAUGAGCUGGAAGGGCUGAAGGAGGCAGCCAGGCGCCUCCUUGCAAAGCACCACAGUGAGCUGCAGGCGGCAGAGGAGCUGCUGCGGGAGGCGCAGGCCAGGACCCGGGAGAGUGCGCGCCUGCUGCUCCUCAGCGAAGCCAACCUGAGCGACUUCAGUGACCGAAAGGUGCGCCUUCUAGAACAGCAGAACACAACCUCAGAGCUGGUCGCUGAGGGCAGGGGCCUGAUGGAUGCCGCCACAGCCAAGGCAGACAGUUUACAAAAUACUUCAGCACACGUGGAACAGCACCGCGAUGAGCUGUUCCUGUGGGCGGCCAAGAUCAGGAGCCACGUGGACCACCUGGUCAUGCAGAUGUCCAAGAGGAGAAUGGUGGACCUGGUCUACAGAGCUGAGGACCACGCCGCCGAGCUCCAGGGCGUAGCGGGCCUCCUGGAGAGUGGCCUUGAAAACGUCAGACAUAUGUCCCUGAAUGCGACCAGCGCCGUGCACGUCCACUCCAACAUCCAGAGCCUGGUGGGAGAAUCCGAGAGCCUGGCCAGCGCUGCGCGGGAGACCGCAAGGGAGGCGAGGCUGGCCUCAGAGUCCCUGGUGUCCGGCGCCAAGGUGGCUACGCAGCGCACUUCCAGGUUCCUGAGCAACAGCAGCAGCCUGAGCAGGAAGCAGCAAGGUCUUGCAUUGAAGCUGAGUGAACUGAAAAAUGCAGCACACAGAUUUGAGGAGAGAGCAGGAAGGAUUGCCCGUCAGACCAACGCAUCCCUCUUGAUCCUGAGAGCGGCCCCGACAGGUGUGAGAGACCAGGCCUCCAGAACCAAGGGCCUGGCGGAGUCUGCCAGCCACAGUGCGGCGAGAGCAGUGCAGAAGGUCGUGGGACUGAGCCAGAAGCUGUUUGACACAUCAGCUGGCCUGGCCGGAGUGAAUGCCACACUUCAGGAGACGCAGGGGCUGCUGCACGACUCCACAGUGACCACUCUGUUGGCCGGAAAGAAAGUUAAAGAUGCGGAGACACAAGCCAACCUUUUAUUUGAUCAGCUGAAGCCUCUGAGGACGUUAGAAGAGAGUCUGAGUAGAAACCUAUCGGAAAUUAAGCUGCUCAUCAGCCAGGCCCGGAAGCAGGCUGCCUCGAUUAAAGUGGCUGUGGCUGCAGACCGAGACUGCAUCCGGGCCUACCAGCCUCACAUCUCCUCCACCAACUACAACACACUGGCUCUGAACGUGAAGACACAGGAGCCGGACAACCUCCUCUUCUACCUGGGCAGCAGCACCGGGGCUGACUUCCUGGCGGUGGAGACGCGGCGGGGGAAGGUGGCCUUCCUCUGGGACCUGGGCUCUGGGUCUGCGCGGCUGGAGCUCCCAGACCUGCGCAUCGAUGACGACAGGUGGUACAGCAUCCAGGCCACCAGGUUUGGGAAGACCGGCUCCUUGAGCGUAAAGGAAGCGAGUGCCACUCAAGAGCCUCGGCCAAGAUCCAGCAAAUCCCCCGGGACGGCGAACGUGCUGGAUAUCAACAACUCCACGCUCAUGUUUGUCGGAGGACUCGGAGGACAAAUCAAGAAAUCGCCCGCAGUAAAGGUCACCCACUUCAAAGGCUGCAUGGGAGAGGCCUUCCUGAACGGCCGGUCUGUCGGCCUGUGGAACUACAUCGAGCGGGAGGGCAGGUGUCGAGGCUGCUUCGGAAGCCCCCAGAAUGAAGACUCGUCCUUCCACUUCGAUGGGAGCGGGUAUUCUGUCGUGGAGAAGACCACGCGGGCCACCGUGACCCAGAUUGUCCUGCUCUUUAAUACCUUCUUACCUCACGGGCUGCUCCUCUACCUGGCUUCCAGCGGCACCAAAGACUUUUUGUCCAUCGAGCUGGUCAAUGGCAGAGUCAGAGUGAUGGUUGACCUGGGCUCAGGACCCCUCACUCUCACAACGGACAGGCGGUAUAACAACGGAACCUGGUACAAAAUCGCCUUCCAGCGAAACCGGAAGCAAGGGCUCCUGGCCGUCAUUGAUGUCUACAACACCAGUGACAAGGAGACCAAGCAGGGCGAAGCGCCGGGGGCCUCUUCGGACCUCAACCGGCUGGAUAAGGAUCCGAUAUACGUCGGUGGACUGCCUCGGUCGAGGAUUCCCAGGAGAGGCGUGACCAGCAAAAGCUACGUGGGCUGCAUCAAGAACCUUGAAAUAUCCAGGUCCACCUUCGAUCUGCUGCGGAACUCCUAUGGCGUGGGCAAAGGCUGCGUCCUGGAGCCCAUCCGCAGCGUCAGCUUCCUGAGAGGCGGCUACGUGGCGCUGCCACCCCAGCCUCUGUUGCCGGAUUCGGAACUGCUGGCCACGUUUGCCACCACCAACAGCAGCGGCAUCCUUCUGGCUGCCAUUGGCCAGGGUGCGGAGGAGCAGGGCCGGCGCCCCACACCCGUGCCCUUCUUCGCCGUCUUGCUGGUCCAUGGCCACGUGGAAGUGCACGUCAGUCUCGGGAAUGGGACCAGCCUGCGGAAGGUCCUGGUGCACGCUCCCUCGGGCACCUAUAGCGACGGGCAGGAGCAUUCCAUCUCCGUGGUGAGGACGCGGAGAAUUCUCACUGUGCAGCUGGAUGAGAUGACACCAGUGGAGAUGAGGUUGGGCCCGUUAGCGGACAGCAGGACCGUCAACGCAUCAGCCCUGUACAUAGGGGGCAUUCCCGAGGGGGAGCGGACGUCAGUGCUCAAGAUGAGGGGCUCGUUCCAUGGCUGCAUCAGAAACCUCGUCUUCAACAGGGAGCUUCUGGAUUUCACCAGCGCAGUGGCCUCAGAGCAAGUGGAUCUGGACAGCUGCCUGCUAGCGGAAAGGCCCCAGCCGGCCGCUGGUGAGGAACAGGACCAGGGCGAGCUGCCGCCACAGCCCCGCGCUGUCCCAAGGCCGGGCCGGUGUGCGGUGGACCCGGCUCCACAGUUCGUUUCCAGUGCGCGCCAGUUUGGCCUCUCAAAGAACAGCCACGUGGUGCUGCCUUUUGACCAGUCAGAGGUCAGAAAAAGUGUCCUGGUGAAGGCAGAGUACUUUAAAAGAAAAGGCUCUAUGACUGUUGAUGGCCAAGAAGCACCCACAGUGACCACAGUGGGUGACGGAACCUCGCUGGAUGUGGAGGGAAAGCUGUACCUUGGGGGCCUCCCCGCUGACUACAGGCCCCGGAGCAUCGGGAACAUCACACACAGCAUUCCUGCCUGCAUCGGGAACGUGACGGUGAACAGCAGGCUACUGGACACGAGCAGUCCCCUGUCUGCCUUGGCAGUGGACAGAUGCUUCGCAGUGGCUGAGGAGGGGACGUUCUUUGAUGGAAGUGGCUAUGCAGCUCUGAUCAGAGAAGGCUACAGAGUGCGGUCAGACCUAAACAUCACACUCGAGUUCCGCACCUCUGUGGACACCGGUGUCCUCCUGGGCAUCAGCAGCGCCAAGGUGGAUGCCAUCGGCCUGGAGAUCGUGCGCGGCCAGCUCCUGUUCCAUGUCAACAAUGGUGCGGGCCGGGUCACAGCCAUGUACCAGCCCAGUGGUGGCCACAGGCUCUGCGACGGCAGGUGGCACACGCUGCACGCAGCCAAGAGCAGGCACCGCCUGGUGCUCAGCGUGGACGGCCGUUCAGUGGCAGCGGAGAGCCCGCACCAGCAGUCCACCUCGGCUGACACCCAUGACCCCAUCUAUGUGGGCGGCUUCCCUGCGGAUGUCAAGCAGAACUGCCUGAGCAGCCGGACCCCGUUCCGGGGGUGCCUGCGGGGGCUCACCCUGACCCGUGGCGCCCACGUGCAGGCCCUGGACUUCAGCCGCGCCUUUGAGCUGCACGGGGUUUCCCCGCACUCCUGCCCUGGGGCCGCGCCGGUGCCCUGACCUGACCCCGGCGAGCGCUGCGGCGGCGGGAAUCAUUGCCACUAGGCCCUGAGCUCCUCCUGUGGCUUGCAGCCUCUGCCUUUCCUCUCGUUUUCAACUCAGGUUGUGUUUCCAGAAAUGUGUUCAUGAUAAACUCAAAUCAUGUCUACAACAGAUACCUCUCAAAUGUCCUUGGACUUUAUUGGCCUUUUAAAGUUUUUUUAGAUGGAUUUUUGUGAACACUGAAUGUUUUUUGAGUACUUUACAGUAUUAUGCUUUUGUAUUCUGAGCUCUUAAAAAAAUAAAGUGUUGCCGCUAA